CUUUGUGGAGCCGCUUAUUAAAUAAAUAAAGCCGCGACAUGACUAAUGCUCCAGCCAGUGUCAUACGCUCUGCGUCCAUUUGGUGGGAAGUUACUUCACUCCCCACCGUCAGCUCGUAUUGACGCAGCCGAGCAGCGCGGAGGGUUUCCGGCGAUUUAAAUCGCUGUGUGAACCUCCAAGUGGCUGCUGGUUAGCCAACUAGCUCAGUUUAGCUCGAGACCUGGGAGUGAAUACGGCUCGUCCAAACCUUCCUCCCGUCGUGCCCGACCUUGGUUUAGCGUUUAUUCAGCUCGGAGUUCACUUUAGCCGGUGCCGUCUCGCAGUUGGUCGCUAGCAGGAGGGACAGAGAGGAGGAGGGGAAAGUUAGCCUGCUAGCUGCGCUGACAUGGCGAGCUGUGAUGGCGACGUGACUCGCUGGAGUCGAGCGGGAAGGAAAUCUCCUCACCGCUUACUCCAGAUAUCUCUGCCGUCGCCUCCUCGCCACUUGGUAUUCCAAGUGUUGUCAAAGUAAAACGUGCCGAAUUGAGGUCUGCGGCCAGAUAUUUGUUCUGAUCCCAGGGCAGGAGGAGGGAGGGGGCACAGAGCUAUUCUGCUGGGAGAUCCAAGUAUUUCGAGCUGGACCUCCUCAAAUAACCUCAAAGAUGAAGGCUGCAGAUGAGCCUGCCUAUCUGACAGUCGGGACGGACGUCAGUGCCAAAUACAGAGGAGCGUUUUGUGAAGCGAAGAUCAAGACAGUGAAGCGUAUGGUAAAAGUUAAGGUGCUUCUGAAAGGUGAAAGCACAUCACAGGUGGUGCAGGAUGACCAGGUUAAAGGUCCACUCAGGGUGGGUUGUACUGUGGAGGUGAAGACCAACGAGGGUCUGCUCAGUGAAGCCGUCAUUAGUAAGCUGACAGACGCCAGCCUCUACACUGUGGUGUUUGAUGAUGGAGAUGAAAAGACAUUGCGGCGCACAUCCCUGUGUCUGAAGGGGGAGAGGCACUUUGCAGAGAGUGAGACUCUGGACCAGCUGCCGUUAACCAACCCAGAGCAUUUUGGCACUCCUGUCAUCGGCAAGAAGACAAACCGUGGUGGCAGACGCUCAUCCCAGGCUGUACCUGAUGAAGAGAACGAGUCUUCGUCCAGCAGUGACGACGAGGAAGACAGGCGAAGGUUGAACGACGACUUGCUCGGGAAAGUUUGCAGCAUCAAGGAAGGAGAUGAUCCCAGUUGCUGGUUCCUGGGUCUGGUGGUGUCUCCCAGCUGCAAUGAUGAGCAGCUAGUGAAGAAGGAUCAGUGUAUGGUUCGCUCAUUUGGUGACGCUAAAUUUUUCUCAGUGGCAAGAUCUAGUAUGCAGCAUGUCAACUACCUCAACGUCAACAAAUGUUCUGGCAGCAAAGGUUUUGAAGCUGCGCGUCUCUUCCUGGCCAUGAGGAAAAUCCCAGAGGUUUGGAAAAUGGACAUGAGUCAGAUCCUGGAUUCCUCCUCCAGUGAUGAAGACGAUGACGACAACGAUGAGGAGAAGGGUAGUGAUGAGGAAGAGGAGGACGAAGAGGUCAGGAAGAAGAAGAAACUCAUGAAAGAGGAGCCGGAGGAUGAGGCCGAUCCAGAGGAGCGAGAUCACUUCCUGCAGCAGCUGUACAAAUUCAUGGAAGACCGAGGGACUCCAAUCAACAAGCCUCCUGUUUUGGGCUACAAGGACCUGAACCUGUUCAAGCUGUUCAGACUGGUGUAUCAGCACGGCGGUUGUGAUAAGAUUGAAAGUGGGACGGUGUGGAAGCAGAUCUACAUGGAUCUGGGGAUCCCUAUUCUCAACUCCGCCGCCUCUUACAACGUGAAGACUGCUUACAAGAAGUACCUGUACGGGUUUGAGGAGUACUGUCGCUCUGCCUGCAUCACUUUCAGGACCAUCCAUCACAACAACCCUCGCUCUCCAAACCGUCUUAUCAUUCAGAGGCCCGUGGACUCCAAAGAAUCAACAGCAUCGCUGAUAAAGGUGGAGCGUCCGGCAGAGAAGGCCGAGUCGGAGAGUGAAAGCGAAAAAGAGUUUCUGAAAGCAAGAUUUUCAUCUCCAAGGGGGCGGAGGCGUGGUGCUAUGAUGCCUCUGAAGCUGGACAGGGAGCAGAUGACCAGAGCUGAGAAAAGAGCGAGCGACAACAGUGAAGAGCAGCGAGAAGUCAGGAGACGCAGCAACAGAAGGAUGGAUGAGUCUGAGAAGGGUUCCGAUGAGGAGGAGGAAGAGGAUGAUGAGGAGGAGGAAGAAGACGAUGAAGAUGAUGAGGAGGAGGAAGACGACGAUGGGGAGGCAGAGAGGAGAGUGUGCAGCGGGGACGAGGAGGAUAGCGACUCUGUGACGGGUACAAAGGUCAGAGUGAAGUACGGCAGGGGAAAGACACAAAAGAUCUAUGAGGCACACAUCAAGAAGACAGACAUGGACAAUGGCGAACAGUUCUAUCUGGUGCACUACUACGGCUGGAACGUCCGGUACGACGAAUGGGUGAAGGCCGAUCGCAUCAUCUGGCCUGCAGAGAAAGGAAGCAGGAAGAGACGAAGAAAGAAGGUAAAGAACAAAGAUGAGCUGGAAAAGGAGAGUGAAAAAGAGGCAGUGGUGACGAAGCCUGUUGGUGCGAAGCGAGGGCGUCCGCUCAGCCGGAACAUUCCCAACAGCUCGGCUGGGCGCAGUGUCUCAAAAACGCCAAGUAAUGACGGACGUUCCAACGGCAGAAGCAGCAGGAACGAGACCACGCCCACCAUGGCCAAUGGAGACGGUACUCCACGCACCCGGAGAACGAGGAGGACCUCCGGUCUCUAUGACUCGGACCGGGCUUCCAAUGCAGAGGACACCGGGAACACAUCAGAGGACAGUGAGGAGGACCCGCCGGACAAAAAGCCGUCUCCUUGGCGAGGGAGGACCGAAGCGCCGACUUCUCUGGAGGAGAAACAGGAAGUGAAGGAGGAGGAGCAGGUGGUCGAUGACGUCAAAGCAGAUGCCGGUGACGUCACAGUAGCUCCACCCACCUUACUAGUGGAGUCGGCACCACUUCCCAGUGUCCCUCAGGAGACGGCGGAUGAAGCGCCACUCAAAACUGAGAAGAAAGAAGCUGAGCAGGUGGUGCUUCCUGUUGAAACGGACAUGUCUCCACCUCGGAUGGACGAGAAGAAGUCUCCAGCUCAGGAGCGCCUUCCCAAGAUGCCUCUAGCGGAGGAAGAAAUGGUGGCUGAGAAGGAAGUCCACACCACGUCUCCUGGCCAAGUGUCGCCGCCGCCGCCUCCGAAACACACACCCGCUUCCGUUCCGGAUGUUGCUGAGCCAGAAAGCACAGCGCUGACCUCCCCACGUGCUAAAGGUCGCAGGUCGAAAGGGAACGAAACCGGUGCCGAGGCUCCUCCCUGUGCUCCCCUGGAAGGAGCGUGCGCUUCCAGCCCCUCCCCAUCAACAAACACGUGCCCCUCCCCCUCCAAGAACAGCAGCUCGUCCCCGUCCAAAAGUUCCAGCCCCAGCCACACGGUGCUAUCCCCGGCUCCUCGGAACAUCCUGAAGCGGAGCGAGGAGCCCAUGGUGGUCCUGCACUGCCUCUCCAGCCAGCGCCUGCUCCCGUCCCCCGCUGCCCCUGCCAACGCCUCCGACACAGACUCUGCUACUGAGGAGGAAGGCGAGGAGAUGCCGCCCGAGGAGAAGGGCGGCGCGCUGCUCAAGCGCAAGGCCGCCGAGCACAAGGCGGCGGACAAGAAGCCGCGGCCAGAGCAGCCAGAGGAGCUGCUCUCUCCUGUGCCGCCAGCCACCGACGCCAGCCUGGAGGACAUGAAGGAAGAGGAGAUGCCCCGGCAUCUGCCUGCCCAGGCACCUUCCUCCGCCGCUGCUCCUGGUGAGGAGCCUCAGAUGGACCCUGAAGCCCUGGUGUGUCAUGAAGUGGACCUUGAUGACCUGGAUGAAAAGGAGAAGUCCGUCUCGUCUGAGCACCUGCUGCUCAUGAUGGGGGAGCAGCAGCAGCAGCAGCAGCCGCCGCCGCCGCCUCUUCCAGCGGCUCCCGCUGCGCACCCCGAGGUCAGGCCUUUGGUCCCAGCGCUCCCCCCCUGCCCCGUGGACCUGCAUCACACCCGCAGCAGCGCCGAGCCUGAGCAUGAUGCCGACGGAGACUCCAGUCCCGGGUUCGACGGCAGCACGGCGUCCUCCACGUCCCAGCACGAGCAGAAGGACAGAGGUCAGAAGCGGGUCACAGACUGUCACCUCAGUCCCACUGCCAAGAAGCAUAAACGCACUCAGAAGCGAGCGAGCAUAGCUGGCAAGGUGGAGAACAACGGAGCAGGCCACAGCAGCGACAGCGAGGACCAGUCUCGUUCAUCAUCCGUCAAGAACCAGAAGUCUCGCUGUCUGACCUCGCCCACGUCCAACAAGGCCAACUUCCCGUCUCCACAGCGAACGUACAAGUGGACCUUCCAGCUGGACGAGCUGGACAACAUGUCCAGCAGCGAGAGGAUCUCCUUCCUUCAGGACAAGCUGCAGGAGAUCCGGAAGUACUACAUGAGCCUCAAGUCGGAGGUGGCCUCCAUCGACCGACGGAGGAAGAGACUGAAGAAGAAGGAGCGAGAAGUGUCCCACAUGACCGCGUCCACCUCCUCGGGUUCCUCAGACACGGCCAUGAGUCCGUCCUCGGCGUCGCCCUCACAGAACACAGUGGCUGUGGAGUGCAGGUGAUGAUGCGCUCCGCCAGGCCCCGCCCCCUCAUGCUGCCAGACUCCGACGACGACAAGCCUUCAGCUGGACUUGAGAUCUUGCUGCCAGGACGUCAGGGGAAACCUGUCGGGGUAGGGAGGGCCUCGUCCCGACGUCCUGCCCCAAGAGACUGGCUGGUUUCCUCGGAACUGAAAGCUGCUGCUCAGUCUCGUCCAUUUCAAAUGACGAAUAGUUUGGAGUGGAAAAGGUCAUGUGAGCAGCUCCUUAUGCAAUUUGUUUUUUCUUUUUUGUUUCUCCAAUAACUUUAUUCUGUUUUUAUGAAAGGAAAUUUAAAAAAAUGUUUUUGGUCUUUUUCUAAGAACUCAGAGCUUUUAUUUUGAUAUAAAUACGUUUGGGAAAAACUCCAUGAAGUUCGUUGGCAGGAGGGAAAAAAAAAAGAAAUCCUUUUGUUGAAUAAAUAUUGACGCUGGUUGCUGUCAUAAAAUAAACGUUAGAAAUGAUCAAAAUACCGAAGUUGAAACGCCAUGUUUUGUUAUUUAAAAUAUUUGACAGUCAAAUCUGGACAGUUUGUGUGUAUCGGACCACCAUGUUUGCACUCACCAGGAAGUGAGGCGGCUCGCGAGGACACGGCAUUUAGUCGAGGGACUUUCUCCAAGGAAGGACGAUGUCAUGCUUUUGUAGCUUUCACAGUCCGAGUCUCUAUUUUAAUCGAUUUCAUUUAAGUGCAGCGGAGAUCCUUUAACUUCUGUAUUUUCAUCAUUUCUCACUUCCUGUGACUGACUCCGCCCCUUGUUCAUCCUCCUCCAUUUGUACAUAAGACGCCAUCGCUGUGUUCCAGCGUCAUAUUUUACUGUCUGUAAAGAAUGAUUUACAUAUUUUUAAGAAACUGUUUGUACCACG